AUGGGCGUUGUUGAUCUCCAAUCCCUGUCAACAGCAGGUCUGUUUCGCAGUGUGACUGCGGCAGUGAUCCUCUGGUUUCUGAUCCCCCGACUCUGGCAGGUUCUUCGCGCUGCCAUCUCUCCCCUCAAUCGCAUUCCCGGUCCGCGGCUCCAUAAACUGUCAGAAUGGCCACUGGUGCUCGCCAUCACCAAAGGACGCAGCCACCAGAAAAUGCAGGACCUGCACCAGACAUACGGCCCCAUCGUGGUGCUAGCCCCUAACAUGAUUGCCGUAUCCGAUCGACAGCUCAUCCGGCGUAUCCUCGUCACAGAAGAUUGGCCCAAAUCCUCUGCCAUCUAUGCCAAUUUCCGUCAGAACCCCGAGCGUCCCACGCUGUUGGCGUUUACCGAUAAGAAGGCGUAUGGGGUACGCAAGCGGCUCGUCUCAUCCAUGUUUGGAAUCCGAUAUAUACGGGGAAUGGAGCCCAUCAUGCGCGACUGCGUCCAGAUAGCGCUGGAGCAAUUGCACAGCGCCUGCCAGCAACACGGCGGCGAGACGACUGUGGAUAUCCACCGACUCAUGCGAGCCCUCGCGGUCGACAUCAUCGGCGCUACGACAUUCGGGCAGUCGUUCCAUGUGGUUGAGCAAGGAAGCCAUCCCCUGCCGAAGAAGAUCGAAUACAGCCUGCUGCUGUCCGGAAUUUUUCAAUUCCUCCCCUGGUUGAAGGGACUGCCUGGGUUCCCAACCCGUGACCCGUACAUUGACGAGUUCACCAGGGCGAUUGUGGAGCGACGACGACAGACCAUGAAAACAGAGCACCGGCAUGAUUUGCUGCAGAAGCUCGUGGAAGCAGUCGACGACCGGCCCCAUUCGCCCUUUCGGACGUCAGAUCUCCAAGAUGAGGUGGUUGUGCUAUUGACGGCGGGUAGUGAAACCACCGCCAACGCCGAGAUUUUCCUCCUGAUGCUUCUGGCCAAGCACCCGGACAAAUUGGCCUUGCUGCACGAGGAGAUCGAUAGGUUCUACCCAGACCCGGAGGAGGAGACCACGGCCGAAAAGGCGCCCCAGAUGCCGUACCUGCAGGCCUGCAUCGAUGAGACGAUGAGGCUGUACGCCGCCAUGGCAAGCGGCAGCCCGCGCGAGGCCMCCGAGGAUGUGACCCUGCUGGGAUAUCACAUACCCAAGGGUACUACAGUCUUCCCCACGACGGCCACUUUGCAUCGUGAUCCAGAUAUUUGGCCCCAGCCGAAUGACUUUUUGCCGGAGCGCUGGUUGGAUCCUGCUGUCGGACUGAAGCGCAAUGAGCUGCCCUUCUAUCCAUUCUCAGCAGGCAGUCGGGUGUGUAUUGGCAAGUAUUUUGCCUUGCAGGAGAUCUACCUGAGCGUCGUGUCGCUCUUGAGGAGGUUUUCACUGGAAUACGUACCGGGACAGGACGAAUCGACGGUUUUCCGGGUGGCAUUACAGCUGAGUGCAGGGAAGUACAUGGUCAAGAUUCGUGAGCGUCGACGGCAAUAG